UUUCGAAAACAUCUGGCAUCUCUGCUAGCACUAGACGCACUAGACAGUACAUACUGAGUACAAGCAAGAACUUCCGUUUCCGUUGCUUAUUUGUAGUUGAAGUUGAUUACUGCAGUUAUGCUCAUGAGCUCGUCUGUAGGUUGUCGGUACUUUUCAAUUACCCGAGAUAUUAGAUAUAGGUUUAAUAAAAUAACUAAGCGGCAAGUGAAUGCAUUUUAAAAUCCACGAAAAUGUUUGUUCUCUACGAGACGCCGGCUGGAUAUGCAAUUUUCAAAGUUUUAGAUAAAAAAAAAUUCAAGAGAUCGAUAAUUUAUACCUCGAGUUCGAGACCCCGGAGCAAGCCAAUAGAAUUGUGAAAUUGAAACAUUUCGAAAAGUUCACGGAUACUACAGAAGCGCUAUCAGCUGCAACAGCAAUCGUCGAAGGAAAAAUUUCAAAAACAUUGAAGAAAAGUUUAAAAAAACUUGCUUCUGAUGAUGUUCAAAAUCAGCUAUUGGUAGCAGAUGCCAAACUAGGGAGUGCCAUCAAAGACAAGCUGGCCUUACAAUGUAUAUCUAAUACAGCUGUUCAAGAACUUAUGCGGUGCAUUCGUUCGCAAUCAGAAAGUCUUCUCUCAGGUGUACCGAAAAAAGAAAUGACGGCAAUGGCACUGGGACUAGCCCAUUCACUAUCACGUUAUAAAUUGAAAUUUUCACCAGAUAAAAUUGAUACAAUGAUUGUACAAGCUCAGUGUCUUUUGGAUGAUCUGGACAAAGAAUUAAACAACUAUAUGAUGCGUGCAAGAGAAUGGUACGGCUGGCAUUUUCCUGAACUAGGAAAAAUUCUUACUGAUAAUAUUGCGUUUGUUAAAACAAUCAGACUUGUUGGCACACGCGAUAAUAUGUCUGCUGCCGACCUAUCGGAUAUUUUGCCGGAAGAAUUAGAGGAGAAAGUCAAAGAAGCGGCAGAAAUUUCUAUGGGUACUGAGAUUUCAGAAGAAGACAUUAUGAAUAUUCAACAUCUUUGUGACGAAAUUCUUUCUAUAAAUGAAUAUCGCACGCACCUGUAUGAUUACCUGAAAACACGUAUGAUGGCUAUGGCACCUAAUCUCACAGUUCUCGUUGGCGAAACUAUUGGUGCACGCCUUAUUGCUCAUGCUGGUUCACUGGUGAACUUGGCAAAGCAUCCCUCAUCAACUGUUCAAAUUCUUGGAGCUGAAAAAGCAUUGUUUCGCGCAUUAAAGACUAAAAAAGACACUCCCAAAUAUGGCCUGAUAUUCCAUGCCAGCUUAAUUGGUUCAGCGAGCUCAAAAAACAAAGGCAAAAUUUCUCGGUCUCUCGCUGCUAAAGCAUCUCUGGCAACGCGAAUGGAUGCAUUUGGAGAAGAUGUCACUAUGGAACUCGGCACUGAGCAUCGCGUCAAACUGGAGUUACGCCUCAAAAUGCUGGAAGAAGGAAAUAUGUCUAGAUUAUCAGGAACAGGAAAGGCAAAAGCUAAUUUAGAGAAAUAUCACUCUGAAAGCGAAAUUAAGGUAUUCAAAAACGAUGAAGAUAACACUUUACCAAUCACCAAAAAACGAAAACUGUCCGAUGAAAUUGAUUCUGAAGUUAAAAUAAAACAUGAAGCGACAGCUGAAUACAGCUUGGGUGAACCAUCAAAGGAAAAAAAGCAGUAUAAAGACGCCAAUGAAUCAAGUAGCAAAGAACAUCCGUCACCAAAAAAAAUAAAACCAGAAAAGGAAGAACCGUCAGAGGACAAAACUCGUAUAGUGGAAAAGAAAAAGAAAAAAAAGAAAAAGCGUGAUAGUGAAGCGGAACUACAUGAAGUACCUCAGCAAGAAAAAGUCGAUACAUUAAAGGCUGGAAAGAAAAAAAAACUAAAGAAUUGUAACUAAAGUACAAUAAAACAAUUAGUUAUUCAUA